UCAAACAUGAUGUGGACGAAGUGUUUAUUUUUGUUAUGUCUGUGUUUGGUUCCCUUUGCGGUGUUUUCAUCAACUUUCACUUCCCAAAAUCCCAUUGAUCUACCCAGUACUCCGGUACUAGACACGAGCGGUAAAGAAGUUGACCCUCGUUCGAGUUAUCGUAUGGUUUACACUAAUCGGAGUCCCUAUGGUGGUGAUAUAUACUUAGAUUACUUCCCAGGUUCAAUUACCCGGCCUUGUCCAGACGGCGUGUUCCGUUACGGUCAAGUUGGACCUAAGGGUAUAGCCGUCAGAUUGAUUACACCUAGUCAUGGUGUGUAUGAAGAGCAAGAGAUCAACAUCCAAUUCGUCAUUUCCAAUGUAGAAAAGUGUGGUAACUAUACAAUUUGGAAAGUGGGACCUUACAAUAGAGAAGCACGGUUGAAGACGGGCCAACAAGAAAGCAAGUCAUGUUUCAAGAUUGUGAAAUCACCACGAUUAUUGGGUUACGAAUUAAUUACUUGCGAUGGUCAAUUAGUGGGUACUAUGGGCAAUCGUGUGGCCCUUGUGAAUAACUUCUCACUUGAUUUCGACUUUGAGAAAGUCGGAGACUAGUUAACAAUUAAUGCUACAUCUAUCUAGCUCUAUGUUUUAAAAUAAACUCCUGCUAAGUAUGUCUAUAUAUUUAGCACGGCUUUCCUAAUAAAUUCUGUUUUUCCUUCUCCUUCAC